GUGUUUCGACCCUGUUUCGACCCUGCCGAUUGUGGAAAAUAACACGAUCGGCAACAAUGGUCGUGUUCAGCUCUCUUCGUCCCGCUGCACGGGGAAUAAAUGCAGUCAUACCAGCUUUGAGACAUUCAUUGGAGACAACGACUCUAAAACAAACAGGACCUGUUGUCAUGUCGAUCCGAGGGGCAGCCGGUAGAAGAAUGAUAUUACGGCCUGGCAUUUACCUCGAUCGGAAAUGGAGGGAUAGUGUGCAUUUCUUCCUGUUACUGGGAACUUUACCAGUUCUGAUGGCGAUCACAUUUGCCAAUCUAUUUAUGGCUCAAGGUGAAUUAACAGACUUACCUGAAGAUCACAACCCUCAGACUUGGGAAUUUCAUCAGCAUCCCAUCACCAGGUUCAUUGCCAAGCAUAUUGUGCGUUCUCCUGAGAAGCUGUAUGAAACACAAAUGGCCGCCCUUUAUAAACAGGAUCAGAAGAGGAAAUUAAGGCUACUUGAAAGACAGGUAAAACGUGUGAUGUUGGACCGACAGGAUGUUCGUGGAUGGUAUUUCUUCCAAGCAGCCACUGAUGCUAGACAGAUAUCAGCUGAUAAUAUUGGCGAACAGAUAGGAACACCUUCCUAAGACUUUUAUUAAUUUGAGUGAGUGAGCGAGUGAGCAUGCUGUUGUUUUUGUAUUUCCAACAGACUAAAUUGGAUCUGGUGAUUUCACAUGCUCUUGUGAUGUCUAUCAGUAAUAAAUUCUUGUACCUUGA